AUAGGUCCUCUUCCCUGCCCACCAAAAUGUAUUCCUCAGCUCUGUGAGGAUCCUGUCUAUAAAUACACUUGACUUACACAGUCACUGACAAAUACAGACAGCUGCAGCCACCAGCCAGCCAACCCGAGGAGACUAUCCAGGGCCGUCUGAGCAGCCCCCUGAACGGUGACAGUUCUUCUCUGUUGUGGGGAGUAAGCAGGGAAACCCACGACACCCAACCCGCACAAGGUGACAGAACAAAAUGGCUGCCAUGACUAUAGACCCAGCGGAGCAGCCUCGGAUGUACCAGCAGACCCUGCUUCAGGAUGGACUGUGUGACCUCUUGGAGAAUGACAAGUUUGUGGACUGCGUCCUCAAAAUCCAAGACAAGGAGUUCCCCUGCCACCGCUUGGUUCUGGCAGCCAGCAGCCCCUUCUUCAAGGCCAUGUUCCUUUCUGACUUGGAGGAGAGCAAGAAGCGGGAGAUUGUCCUCAAAGAUGUGGAGCCUACUGUUAUGGGGCCAAUCCUGCGCUACUUAUACACAUCUGACAUUAAUCUGACAGAACAGAAUGUCCAGGAUAUCUUCAUGGUUGCUAACAUGUACCAAAUUCCCUCCAUCUUCUCUGUAUGCGUGUCCUAUCUCCAAGAAAAGCUAGUGCUGGGAAACUGUCUAGCUAUCUUCAGGCUGGGGCUGCUGCUGGAUUGCCCCAGACUUGCUCUGGCUGCCAGAGAGUUCAUCUGUGAACGUUACCAGGUUGUUGUCAGGGACCAGGACUUCCUGCAGCUAGCCCCAAGCGAGCUGGCUAUCAUCAUUACCUCAGACGCCCUUAACGUUGAGAGGGAGGAGUUGGUGUUUGAAUCCCUGAUGGAGUGGGUCAAGCACGAUGAGACAAACCGGGUCAAGGAUCUACCAGAACUGCUGCACUGCAUUCGUUUCAGGCUCAUACCUUUGGAUUACCUCAAAGAAAAAGUGGAGCGUCACCAGUUCAUCCGGUUCAGUCAGGAGAUCAAGAAGGAUCUGGAUCUUGUCAAGGAUGCUCACAAGGGACGUCUGCCCAAGCCGAGGAAGCCUGCAAGGGACGGGGCAAAAGGGGAAGAAGGAGGUGAGGAUGAAGAGGAGGAUGAGGAUGAAGGCUUCCUGCCGGGUAUACUCAACAACAACCCUCGCUUCGGAAUGUUUGAAAUGGACCUGAUACUUAUGAUCAGCGUCACAGGGACUGUGGCUUAUGACCCGGUAGGAAACGAAUGCUUUGUGGUGUCAGAGUCUACAGAAAUUCCCAAGAAUCACUGCAGCCUGGUGACAAGCCAGAACCAGAUAUUUGUUGUUGGAGGACUUAUCUACAAUGAAGAAGACAAAGAUGAACCGUUCAGCUCUUACUUCCUGCAGUUUGACCCAGUAAGUUCAGAAUGGUUAGGGAUGCCCUCACAGCCCAACCCUCGCUGUCUGUUUGGCCUGACGGAAGCUGAAAACUCCAUCUUUGUUGUUGGAGGAAAGGAACUUAAGGAAGGAGAGCACACCCUGGACUCAGUCAUGAUCUACGACAGACAGUCUUUCAAAUGGGGAGAGUCUGACCCUCUGCCCUAUGAGGUGUAUGGCCACGGAACAGUAUCACAUAAAGGUCUCAUCUAUGUCAUUGGAGGAAAGUCUGAAAGCAAGAAAUGCAUGAGAAGAGUCUCCGUCUACAAUCCCACUAAGUUUGAGUGGAAGGACCUGGCUCCUCUGAAGAGAGCCCGCUCGCUCUUUGGUGUCACGGUCCACAAUGACCAGAUCUUUGUGGCGACAGGGGUCACAGACUCAGGCCUCACCAGCUCUGUGGAGGUCUACGACAUCGCCACCAACAAGUGGUCCGAGUUCACAGAGUUCCCUCAGGAGCGUAGUUCUCUCAGUCUGAUCUCGAUGGGAGGUUUCCUGUAUGCAGUGGGAGGGUUCGCCAUGAUGCCCAGUGAAACCAGUGUGGAGCCCGUCCCCACAGAGAUGACCGACAUAUGGAGAUAUGAUGAGCCAGAGAAGUGCUGGAAUGGGAUUCUGCGUGAGAUAAGCUAUGCAGAGGGAUCCACUAUCCUUCCUGCCCGUCUCAAUACUCUGCGUCUAACCAAGUUAUAACCGGGCCGAACCGCUGGUGCUGUGAGGUUGAUGAUGUACCAUUAGCUUUCAAGUAACUCUUUAAACUCAUUAUGGACACUGGCCCAAAAUUAGCUGAGGGUGCAGGAUGUUUCAGGCUAACAAUUGAACCUGGUCUCUGAAGGUGAAAGAAAAGGGGUUAUGAAAUCAGCAUCAGAUUGUUGUAUCUCGUGUUUUCAGCAGGGGGAGACAGGCGUGUUAAAUCUGCAGGGCUGGGGGAGAAGCACGAGUUAGAAAACCACACUAAAACCACACUAAAUAAUUGAACUGUAUGUUUUUUUUUUAAUUGUAUUAUUUCAUGAAAUUUCUUUAUUACCUGCAAUGAUUUAUUUAAAUGAAAAUAAAGGAUUAUGAUGUUA